CGCCGCCCCCCGCCGAGCCCCGCGGCCGCCCUCCCGCCUUCAAUGUGACACCGGCGCCUCGGAGUGCGAGCCGCCGCCGCCGCAGCCGCCGCCGCCGCCACCGGGGAGGGGCCGAGCACCAUGUCGAAUCUGAGCAAAGGCACGGGCAGCCGGAAGGACACCAAGAUGCGGAUCCGGGCCUUUCCGAUGACCAUGGAUGAAAAAUACGUAAACAGCAUUUGGGACCUUCUGAAAAAUGCAAUUCAAGAAAUCCAGCGUAAGAAUAACAGUGGUCUUAGUUUUGAGGAGCUCUAUAGAAAUGCAUAUACAAUGGUUUUGCAUAAACAUGGAGAAAAGCUCUACACUGGACUAAGAGAAGUUGUUACUGAACAUCUCAUAAAUAAGUGCAUCACAUCAGGAGGCACUUGCUGUCAGUUUAUCCCAUUAUUGGUGAUGUUAACUUUGAUCACUUGGUGUCCGCCAGAUUUCUUCACUGUAAAGGUGCGAGAAGAUGUACUAAAUUCAUUGAAUAACAACUUUCUUCAAACAUUAAAUCAAGCUUGGAAUGAUCAUCAAACAGCCAUGGUGAUGAUUAGAGACAUACUAAUGUAUAUGGACCGUGUAUAUGUACAACAAAAUAAUGUAGAAAAUGUCUACAAUUUGGGAUUAAUAAUUUUUCGAGAUCAAGUUGUACGUUAUGGGUGUAUUAGGGAUCAUCUUCGGCAAACUUUAUUGGAUAUGAUUGCCAGAGAGCGGAAAGGAGAAGUUGUAGACAGAGGAGCAAUAAGAAAUGCUUGCCAGAUGUUAAUGAUUUUAGGUCUCGAAGGAAGAUCAGUCUAUGAGGAAGAUUUUGAGGCUCCUUUUUUGGAAAUGUCUGCAGAAUUUUUUCAGAUGGAAAGCCAGAAAUUUUUAGCAGAAAACAGUGCUUCAGUAUAUAUAAAGAAAGUAGAAGCUAGAAUUAAUGAGGAAAUAGAGCGGGUGAUGCACUGCCUUGACAAAUCCACAGAAGAGCCCAUUGUGAAGGUGGUUGAGAGGGAACUCAUUUCCAAGCACAUGAAGACUAUUGUAGAAAUGGAGAAUUCUGGGCUAGUACAUAUGUUGAAAAACGGAAAGACAGAAGACCUUGCUUGCAUGUACAAAUUAUUUAGUCGUGUGCCAAAUGGUUUGAAGACAAUGUGUGAAUGUAUGAGUUCUUAUUUGAGGGAACAAGGAAAAGCCCUUGUUUCUGAGGAAGGAGAAGGGAAGAAUCCUGUUGACUAUAUCCAGGGCUUAUUGGAUCUGAAGAGUAGGUUUGAUCGCUUCCUCCAAGAAUCCUUCAAUAAUGACCGGCUCUUUAAACAAACUAUUGCUGGGGACUUUGAGUAUUUCCUAAACCUCAACUCCAGGUCUCCUGAAUACCUCUCAUUAUUUAUUGAUGAUAAGCUGAAAAAGGGAGUCAAAGGGCUAACAGAACAAGAAGUAGAAACGAUAUUGGAUAAGGCAAUGGUCCUUUUUAGGUUUAUGCAAGAAAAAGAUGUAUUUGAACGUUAUUAUAAACAACACCUGGCAAGGAGACUGCUCACGAAUAAAAGUGUUUCUGAUGAUUCUGAAAAAAAUAUGAUUUCUAAGUUAAAGACGGAGUGUGGAUGUCAAUUCACAUCAAAACUGGAAGGAAUGUUUAGGGACAUGAGCAUCUCAAACACAACUAUGGAUGAGUUCAGGCAACAUCUACAGGCAACAGGGGUAUCUUUAGGUGGUGUUGAUCUCACAGUCCGGGUUCUCACAACGGGAUAUUGGCCCACUCAGUCAGCCACACCAAAGUGCAACAUCCCACCAGCACCAAGACAUGCUUUUGAGAUAUUCAGAAGGUUCUACUUAGCCAAACACAGUGGUCGACAGCUCACACUCCAGCAUCACAUGGGUUCUGCAGAUCUCAAUGCCACCUUUUAUGGUCCAGUUAAAAAGGAAGACGGAUCUGAGGUUGGUGUUGGCGGUGCACAAGUAACAGGUUCUAAUACCCGGAAGCACAUAUUGCAAGUCUCCACUUUCCAGAUGACCAUAUUAAUGCUCUUUAAUAAUAGAGGGAAGUACACAUUUGAGGAAAUUCAACAAGAGACAGAUAUCCCUGAAAGAGAACUUGUUAGAGCCCUGCAGUCCCUCGCCUGUGGUAAACCAACACAGCGGGUCCUCACAAAAGAACCCAAGUCAAAGGAGAUAGAAAGUGGCCACAUAUUUACAGUUAACGAUCAGUUCACAUCCAAACUACACAGAGUCAAGAUUCAAACAGUUGCAGCCAAACAAGGUGAAUCUGACCCAGAAAGGAAAGAAACAAGACAGAAAGUAGAUGAUGACAGAAAACAUGAGAUAGAAGCCGCUAUAGUGCGAAUAAUGAAGUCUAGGAAGAAGAUGCAGCACAAUGUUUUAGUAGCAGAGGUAACUCAACAAUUGAAGGCUCGAUUCUUACCAAGUCCAGUUGUUAUUAAGAAACGUAUUGAAGGACUUAUUGAGAGAGAAUAUUUGGCACGAACACCUGAGGAUCGCAAAGUAUACACAUACGUAGCAUAAAAUGCAUUCAGAAAUUUGAUUUAUUCUUGGACUGUACUCUUCGCAUGGACUGGGAAGUUCUUUUAAAUCAUUACUAUUAAGACGACCAUCUCUUCUGUUAAAUUGCAGUACAUGUUAUAGACCACUCAGAUCAAGCCUCUCCUCCCUCUGAGAGUUUUCAACAUCAGUUGAUUGAGCUUCAGGCUUUCCAACGUUAUCCCUGUAGAGACCAUCUUUACAGUUCCUCGGGAAAAUGUGAAUGUGCCGCGUUUUGUUUUCAAUAUUGUAUGAAAACAGAAAAAAAAAUAAAUAAAAACCAAUUUAGAAAACACAGCUCAUUAAAAUAAAAUUGUUGGAUUUCAUUUCCCCAGGUCUUCAGUGUUGAUGUAAAUGUGUUUCUGUAGUGUUGCUUAUUUAGCACUUUGCGCAUUGUGUAAGUUGGGUAGCAAACGUGGCAAAAGAAAUGCAAAAUUCUCAGUUAUCUUGCUCUGCUUGUGACAUUUCCUUAGCUGGUAUUGUUUAAAGGUUUGAUAAACAUACAAAGACCCAGGCAUACAAUUGGCGCAUGCUUUAUCCUAACCAUUUGCACUUACUGAUCUUACAGCCUUAUGACCAAGAACCUUUGUUUGGACAUGAAUACAUAACCUGGGUUGUUUUUCCCUAUUGUAAUUUGAGGUUUUCCAAAUUCAGUUCUAAGAUGACUAGGUUCUGCUCUGAGUUAUUUCUAGAGAAAGAAAAUAUUUUAGUAUGUAUAAAUUGUACAAUAAUUUUUUGCUGUUGUACUUACUGCUAAUAGUGGAUUGUAUAGGGUGGUGUUUUUAUUUCAUUUAUUGUAGACAAAAAAUGAAUUUAGUAUUCACAUACACACUAACUCAAGUAUGUCAGAGCACAAAGGUGGCAGCUGGUUAUAUUUAAUUCAGUCCCUUUGAAAAGCACAUACAUUCUACUCUUUGUUUAUAAAUAUGUUAGCCCCCAUCCCACACAAACACACAGUUUAAAUACUUUAAAUACUACUUUGGUAAAGCUAUGGUACACCAUUGUCUGUUUCAAAAUACAAUCUAAAGAUGCAAUAAAUAGAUUACCUUGAUAGUUUGAAGGAAGUCUUCAGUUCUUACAGCUGUGUUUUGGAAAGUGAUUAAGCAAUAUUUUUCAAAUGUGAUGAUUCUUGGUAUUUAGCUCUUCGUUGUCCUUUGAGGAGUCAUUUUCAUGUUUUCUGAGCUGUGCUUUGUGCUGGAGAAUUGUGUUCGUUACUCUGUGCUUCCAACCAUUUCUAAAGUUGGUUUCUACCCAGUUGAUCUGCCAAGGAUUAUAGUUUGCUUUAACUUCAGAGUAUUUUUAUCUUUUAUUUAAUUUUAUUCCUUUUUUUUUUUUUUCUCUUAUAAUGUUUUAGAUAUGUAAUUGGGGGAAACCACUAUAGAUUUCUGUCAGAAAAAUUAAAUGUUACUGAGUUCAAGUAACCAACUCUCCAUUGAAUAUCAAUACUGUUGAUACACUUACCAGAAUGUAUAUUUCAGAAGAUGGUUUCUGUUUAAAUUUAUGGUGAAGUUACAAUAACUGAAUUCUGAUAUGGAUUAAAAACUCCACAUAAAUAUUUUC